AUGAAAGAUCAUGAUAUAUGUGUAUAUAGUGAAGGAUUAGUUCAACUUAAAGUUCCUGUUAAUGCUGAUCGUGAGCUAACAGUUACAUUAGAGAAGACUGAUGGUUCGACAUUGUAUAUUAGUAGAGACAUAGCUGCAGUGCUAGAUCGUAAAGAGAAGUAUAAUUUUGAUAAAGCAUAUUAUGUUGUUGAUAAUAACCAAAGUGAUCAUUUUCUUUCCCUUGUUGCCAUUUUGAAAAUAUUGGGAUAUGAUUGGUAUAGUUCAGUUCAUCAUAUAAAAUUUGGCCAAAUUGAAGGAAUGAGCACAAGAAAAGGAAAGUUAGUGCAUCUGAAAGAUUUAUUAGAAGAAGCUAAAAGUAAAGCUUUUAUUUCAAUGUUAAAUUCAUCAACGACACGGGCAACAAAUAAUAUGGAUGAAAUUGCGGAUGUUAUAGGAAUGUCAGCUGUUAUGAUAAAUGAUAUGAAAAAUAGACGACAAAGUAAUUAUAAAUUUGAUUGGGAUAAAGUACUUUAUAUGAAAGGAGAUAGUGCAACAACAUUACAUUACAAUCAUGCAAGAUUAUUCAGCUUGGAAAGAAAUUGUGGAGUAUAUUUAAAUCCAUAUUGUGAAACAAAAUAUUUAAUGGAACCAGAAGCAGUAAAUUUAGUUCAACAUAUUGCAAGGUUUGAUGAAACAAUAAUGGCAGCAUAUAAUAAGUUGGAACCCCAUAUUAUUGUGCGAUAUUUAUUUGCUUUGUGUUAUUUAAUAGGAAAAGCAAACAAAACUUUACCUGUGAAAAAUCAAGAUAAAGUAAUAGCGAUGAGCCGACUGUUUCUGUUUCAUACAAGUAGAAUUGUUUUAGGAACAGGAAUGAAGCUUUUAGGUUUACAACCAUUAGACAUGAUGUAAUUUUUAUAAUUUGUAAACAACACUUACAAUAUUGUAAUAUUAAGCAAAAUUAUUGUUUUUAUUUUAAUAAAUUGUA